AUGGGAUCUGCCCCUAAAUCUGCCAUAUUCACCAGCAAAAACUUUUAUGGAUCAUCUCGUCAACCGUUCAUCGGAAAAUGGCUAGAGAAUAGAAGUUACGUCGAUUUGGAUGAAUUGAUGGCCGAUGUCAAAGCGUGGAUCGCCCGUAAGGAUCAAAACUUCUUCGCUUUCGGGAUCCGACUAACUAAUCAAUUUGAAGCAGUGCUUGACGUAGAUGGUGAACAAUUUCCGGAGUAA